GGGGUCCUUGCCUUUUGCUUGAGAGCCAUUGCGGGCAGGGAACUAUUUCGGGAAUUCGGCCGGAGAGGUGUGUCUGGGGUGGACCGCUGCCCUCCUCCGUCCGGGGCAAAGCGACUUGGGGACCGAGGAGGCAGCCGCAUCAGCCGCCUUUGCGACGCAUCUCCUGGAGGGACCAGCCUUGCCAGAAUGCAGGUUCCACAGAGAAUCUACAAAUCCAUCUCCAUGAAUGGUGAUUUGCAGUCCCCUGGCAUUCUGCUGAAGGGGGCAUGACAGAGAUCUAUGAAACUAUGCAUGAUGUGGAGAAAAUCGAUAAGCUUUCUUAGUUUGGGGACAUUCCGAGACCUGCUUUCACCUGUUUUGUUCUCCACCUACUUCUGUGGAACCACGUUAUGUCCACUGCUGCUUUAAUUAAUCUGGUUAGAAACGGGGGGCACCAAGCGAGGAGAGUGCUGCUAACGUCUCGUAUUUUGCAAGACGACAAGCGUUUGAUGGUCGUAUGCCAGAGCUCCACCAGUGAUCGCAGAACUUCCCGCUUCGACCUGGAUGGUAGUGGCCGCCCUGCCACGUGGGACUCAUUCGGCAUCUGGGACAACCGCAUUGACGAGCCCAUCCUCCUCCCACCAAGUAUAAAAUAUGGGAAGCCAAUCCCCAAGAUCAGCCUGUCAAAUGUGGGCUGUGCCAGCCAUAUUGGGAAGCGGAAGGAGAACGAAGACCGCUUUGAUUAUGCCCAGCUGACUGAGAGUGUCCUGUAUUUUGCUGUUUAUGAUGGCCAUGGCGGGGUGGCAGUAGCUGACUUCUGCAAUAAGUACAUGCGAAAAUAUAUCCAAGAAUUUCUUACUGAGGAACAGAACAUGGAAAUAGUAUUGAUCAAAGCUUUCUUAGAAAUAGACAAAGCAUAUAUGAGACACGCUCACUUGUCUGCUGAUGCUACCUUGCUGAAUGCUGGGACCACGGCCACUGUGGCCCUAUUGCGAGAUGGGAUCGAGUUGGUUGUGGCCAGUGUCGGCGAUAGCCGCGCCCUUUUAUGUCGCAAGGGGAAAGCCAUGAAGCUGACCAUUGAUCAUACUCCCGAAAGGAAGGACGAGAAGGAAAGAAUCAGGAAAUGUGGUGGUUUUGUAACUUGGAACAGCUUGGGACAGCCCCACGUUAAUGGCAGACUCGCAAUGACCCGUAGCGUAGGAGACCUGGAUCUUAAGGCAUAUGGUGUGAUAGCAGAACCAGAGACUAAACGUGUUCAGUUGCACCAUGCAAGCGACAGCUUCCUGGUCCUCACUACAGAUGGCAUCAACUUCAUAGUGAACAGUCAAGAGAUCUGUGACUUCGUUAACCAGUGUCAUGAUCCCACCGAAGCAGCUCACGUAGUCACUGAGCAGGCGGUACAGUAUGGGGCGGAAGAUAACAGCACUGCCAUUGUUGUGCCCUUUGGAGCAUGGGGCAAAUACAAAAACUCUGAGAUCAACUUCUCAUUCAGCCGGAGCUUCGCCUCAAGUGGGAGAUGGGCAUGAAGGUCUUAUGCAGUGAGGCGUUGAAUGUGCUGAGCAGUGCUGCAGGAGGCUUCCAAGGCAGAACGCAGAUCUGUAGAUCAACGUAACUAUCUUGUCCAUCCCUCUUCUAGCAGCUAGUGCUUUCUGCCUGGGUAGCAAAUUGCUGUUAACUUGAUGUUGCCUCUUAACAAACAUGCUUGUUCCUGCUUAUCUCAAGCCAACAGUUUUCACCCCCUCCAUCCUCGAUGGCGUGGAUGAUCCUGUCUGCUGUUGCAGGGAUGCUGGCUGUUUACACCUGGCUGGCAUCCUCUUAGGGAUUUUGUACCAAGUGUUUCGCAUAAUAUACUUGAUGCAUUUUAGAGGCUGAGAGAGCAUGGCAAAGGCAAACUGGCUCUCUCAAUUUGUACAAUACUGCAAAUACGGGAGCAAAUGCCACAAGGAGAGGAACUGUGGCGUUUUCUCUCCCUGACCAUCACAAAUCUUUUGUUACCUACUUAAAGAGAAGUAGGAGAAAGCUAGCAGGUGGGCAAUGAAGAAGCUGCCUCAGUGGCCAUGCCUUGCUUUGGCCUGCUGGUUCCAAGUUAAACCUCCAAAGUUGAAUCUGGACUUAGGCUAGCUCAACACUGAAAAGAAGUGAACUUCAUUUUAGAGCUGAUGGGGACUCCAUACUGCAGAAGUCAAAUGGCAGAGACUGUGAGCUCUGUGCGUGUGUGUGUGUCUGGGUGUGCUGUCUUUGUUUCCCCCCCACCCUCAAAAGCAGAGUUUUCCACUUGGCUUGAAGCCCAUGUCUGCUUCCUUGCUUGCGGGGUCUUUGGCCAGUGUAUAGCAAGAGAGACACACUACAGCCCUUGAAACAGCUGCGGGCGCAACACUAACAAGGGGGACCAUGUUGUGUGCCUUCAGAAGGAUGAAAGCUGCAUAGGUGCUCUGUAUUUAUUUAUUUUCUUUAAAGACGCCUGUCCUAAGAAAUCCCCCGUACUUCUUCAAUAUGCUCUACGUGAGCCCAACGGUUAAAAUAACCUUUUAUUCUUCAGUUCCUUUUUAAGUGUUCAGUCUCUUUCUUUCACCUGAGAAUCACUGAAAAAUGCUGUCCCAGGCGCACAAAGGGAAAUGUUGUCUUGGAAGCAGAAGGGGAAUUGUACAAAUGUUUUGCUCUAGGUUUUCAGACAUAGGGGUGGUGGUUGUUUUUUCCUAGUUGGCCAAAAGGUGAGGAUACCAUUUUUGUUUCCACCCUCAAUUGCUUUUGUUAGGGAACAGCAGGUGUACCUUUAAAGUUGCCACUAACUUCUAUCCAAAGGGACAUCUUUGAAGUAAAUUUUGGAGGGAAGCAAAACAUUUCAACGAAACCAGUGACCUUUCUUCAGGGGAUCCUGCACGUCACCAUUUAAAAUAGAAGCUAGGUGUGAAGGGAACAAUCUGUAACUGGAGUUCCUUGGCAGGAUUUCAGUAAUUUGAGUGUGAGCAUUUCAACGGGCAAAGCACAUGAUCUGGAGUGUUAGGUCAUGAGGACCACUGCGUUUCUCUAGAUGCCCAAGGCCGACGAGAAUGGCUUCUGCACCUCCAGCAUAUCAGAAUCGAUUGUUCUUCAGUUCUGAUGUAAAUCCUUUGAGCAUUUCCCUGGAGUAAAACUACAUACAAAAUGACUUUGCUCCUGGGCGAAAUAUUGCUGAGCCUUUUGGCUGAACCCUGAUCACAAUGUGAACCAUGGACCGCCUGCUGCUUAAUGCCUGUACUGUCUAGGGCCACACCAUUUUUGUAUAAAUCAUUCCAGUUUUGCUUCUGUACCCGAUAGUAACAGUGCCCUGGUAUUGGCCUGUUGUUAUUUAGCGUGCAUUUUACAUGUUUGUAUAAUAAAUAUUGAUCUAUACAAAUACUUAUGAAGACUUUAGAAGUACCAGUUAUGUUAAAAGAAUCAUCUGUUUGUACAUAUUUACUGUAUCCAGUGCUGUCACUCUAGGUCACUGCAACGUUAAGCCCAUCUUCCUCUUUACAGCCUUCCAAAUUCCUGGUUUUGGUGUUUUUUUAAAGCGGCAAUGGGGAGUGUCCUCCCCUGCAAACAAAUGCCAACGUCAGAAAAGGGAUUUCCACAGCAAUGGAGAAAAGGGUUAUGUUCCUUCUCCAGACCUGAUCUGAUCAUGUUAAUUAUCAAGUCUCCAUCACUCCACAGUUAAUUCUACUUGAUAUAUAUAUAUAUAUCUGCACAUCAAAUGCAAAGGUGCAUUUUACAUCACGCCCCAUAAUUAAGAUCAACCCCAUAACACUCGAGAGUUGGGAAAUGCUAAGCUUAAUGACAUCACGCUAUACAUUUUGCAGCAGCAUCGGUUAAAGUGAGGGGAUGAUGCAGAGCUGCUGCACACAGCUUUUUUU